GGGGUUCGUGUACCCGGCUGGGAUUGGCUGACAGCGGAGGAGUGGGUGUGCAGCUCCGCAGCGUGCCUUCAGGCCCGCAGACACACAGAAAGACAGAGAUCCGCAGCAGCGCCGCGCGUUUGGUCCGCAGAUCCUCACAGACACCCAACGACAGGCCAGAAGACCCUCCACCAUGUCUUUCCUAUCGGUCGUCAGGAAGCAGCUGAAGACCCACCCAGCUCUGAUCCCCCUCUUCAUCUUCAUCGGUGGCGGAGCAACGAUGAGCAUGAUGUACCUGGCCAGACUGGCUCUGAAAAAUCCCGACGUCUCGUGGGAUCGCACAAACAACCCGGAGCCCUGGAACAAGCUGGAGCCCAAUCAGCAGUACAAACUUUUCAGGGUCAACAUGGAUUACUCCAAACUGAAGAAGGACCGGCCAGAUUUCUGAACGGGCAGCCAUGCCAUCCGUGUGCGGAGCUUAUCCACUUCCUAUCCAAACGCGGACGCCUGAGAGACUCAGUCUGGGUUGAAUGUUGGUUAUUUUAUUAUCACCAGGAUAGGAGGAAGAGAUCAUAAACCUACAGAUGAUUAAAUAAAAAAACAGGCUACCACCUGUUUUUUUUAUUGAAUUCAGUUGUUUUUUUUGUUGCUGCUUUGACGUGUUGUAAAUUAUUAAAACGAUUAAAAUGAUUAGUCUA